UGUCCACUGUACACGGUCACCUUUCAUAGCACUAAUGAAUGACGUCGAACAAUAACACCCUGCCCGCCUACCUUUCCCACCAACCGACUCACUGUUAAUCGAAGCAGAAGUUUGACAGCUCAGCUUUUACCCCAGGCCGUCCUUUGAGAACGUACGGUUGCACUUCACUUUUGCCUUCGGAAGAAAUUGUCACUCCCUUUUUCAUGAUCGACUACUGUAGAAGGGAAAGACAGGUAAAUAGGAUCUUUCUCGGCAGUCUAUAUGGAGCGCGCCAUGUUAUGAAGAAUUCGAUGAGUCGAUAGUGUCACAUUUAUUCUGUCUGGGGAGUUUAUUCUGGACAUUUGUAUUGUUUUUAACGGGCGUGAAUAGGGAUAUAACCAUGUCGAGGGACCCUGAAGAAGUGAACAAGCUCACCGAAAGUACAUACAAGAAUGUAAUGGAACAGUUCAACCCUGGGCUCAGGAACCUGGUCAACCUGGGGAAGAGCUAUGAGAAAUCAGUGGCAGCGAUGAGCCUGGCUGGAAAGGUGUACUUUGAUGCGGUCUCUAAGAUCGGAGAGAAUGCUGCGGUCUCUCCUGUCUCCAGGGAGUUGGGCGUUGUGCUGAUGGAGAUAUCCGAGGUCCACAGGAAAGUUCACCUUGAGCUAGAGGAGAAUUUUAAGAGGUUUCACAGCGAGAUAAUAGCUGAAUUGGAGAGGAAGACAGACAUGGAUGUAAAAUACAUGACAGCCACCUUUAAGAGGUACCAGACCGAGCACAAGAUGAAGCAGGACUCUCUGGAGAGGUCGCAGUCUGACCUGAAGAAACUCAGGAGGAAGAGCCAGGGCAAGAACACCAACAAGUACGAAAACAAGGAGAGUGAGUGCCUGGAGACGCUGAGGUCAGGGCAGAUGGACAUGCAGAAGUUCAUCGCCGACGGCUGCAAGGAGGCUCUGCUGGAGGAGAAGAGACGCUUCUGCUUCCUGGUGGACAAACACUGCACCUUCUCCUAUCAGAUCGCUGCCUUCCACGACAAGGCCAGAGACAUGCUUUUCGGGAAGCUGCCCACCUGGCAGGACAAGUGUGGCGAUGCCACCAACGUGCCCGAGAGCGUGAUGUCUAUGAUUGAGGGUCUUCGCACCCCAGUGUCCAUCACCCCCCAGGCCUCCCCCAUGUCCCAGAGACACAGUAGGAGCAACUCCAUAUUCCGGGACACAGUUCCACCCCCUGCCCCGGCACUGAAGGCUCAGACCAGCCCAUUGGCCAGUAUGUUCACGCAGGACACACCCACAACAAACUCAGUCACCAGAGAGACUGAGAGUGGCACAGACUACAGGGACAAUGGAGGGGAGGAGAGUGGCGGUCUAGGUCCCAGGUCAGUGUCUGUGGCCACAGGACUCAACAACAUUGUGAAGAGACCCAGGGUCCGCACCAUCUUCCCCCACACCUCUGGGACCAACUCUACGCUGCUCAGCUUUGACGAGGGAGACAUCAUCACCCUGCUCAUACCUGACGAGAGGGACGGAUGGCUCUACGGAGAACUGGAGAAAACCAGACAGAGGGGAUGGUUUCCAUCAUCCUAUUGCCGGGCAUAUUCAGAGCCAAUAGUGAAUAACAACAGUGUGGGGGCUCCUCCCAUGCGCAGUAAGAGCGUGGUGAACCUGCUCCACCAGGACACAGAGACAGAUGAUUCCUCCAUGAUCCUCCCCCCUCCUGACUACAGCGACUUCCCCAAGAGGAGUGUCCUCCCGGGCAGCAAGCAGCACUCGCCCUCCCUCUCCGCCUCCUCCAGCUCCUCUGUACACACGGGAACCCAACUGAAUGGUUUUGGGAAGACGCCUCUUUUCCUCGGGGGAGGGAACCCGUUCACCGCAGUCAAGCUACGUCCCACAGUCACCAAUGACCGCUCAGGCCCAGUCAUCUAAACCUCCAGACCCACCCUCCUGUCCACCUCUACACAGGAGCGGCACCUCCAGCUGGGCAUCACCCCAUGCUGUCCCCCCUCCUCCAGGCGGAUGGACCCAGGGCCGGACACUAGUGUACGGGACAACUUGACACUGUGGGCUGCUGUGCUGAAGAUCCAGUAAUUUCACUACUACAGAUGCCAUUAGAAAUGACAUUGUCUAAUACACAGUUGCCCUACUGCUGCAAACGCUCUCCCUGAGAAGGUGGGAGGAUUUAUUUAUGUAAACAGAUGCACAUAUAUAGAUUUUCUAGACCUAUUUUUGUCGGUGAUGAUGAGUGGCGACAUACUACAUGCGUUCUCGCUGGGCGUGUGUGAAAAGGAGUCGAGGAAAGCCUGAGAUUGGGCCGUUGAAAUAUCAGAAUGUAUUUCUGACUCUUUUUUUUGUUGCUUCAAUCACUCGUCAAAAAAUGUUAGUUGCCAUAGGGCAGUAGAUAAAUGAAUGUAUGCAAUACGGGACCUAUGCAUCACAAUUUACAGAGGUCCUUAUGGUAGCGUUGCUCGUUAUUGUUGAUGUAUCUCGAAUAUGAUAUGUAAAAUUGCAUUGUUGCUAUCAUUACUAAAGACCAACUGCUUAGUGACUGUCGAAUAGAAGUAUACUCAUUCAAGGGAAGCGCACAUCAUUUUUCCCCCUCAACUCCUUCCAAGAAGUGUACAACAAAUUUGAUUGGUUGAGUGUGUCAUUGUCAUUUUGCUGAUUGGUUUUUCAGUUAAGUGUUCAUACAGUGCUGCUGUUACUAGUGGAAGAUGUGAGACCUGUUUACCUUAACUCUAUAUACCAACAGUAAUCAUUCUGUGAAACGUCUCUCAUCUGUCUGUUAUUCAAGUAGCCCGGGUCAUGUUCAUUAGGCACCAAACGGAAGAAAGCAGACUGAAACCUUUGAGGGAAAAAUCAACUGUUUUAAAACGUUUUCCCUUACGUUUCCUAAUGAAUAUGAGCCAGUAGUGCUGUGGACAUCCAUUUUUAAAAGGACAUGGUUAAAUGGAACUCAUAACUUCCCAUAGACCGUGCAGCCAUUUUGCUUUUAUCUUCAUGCUUCAUGGAAGGCAUUUUCAACCUAGUGGCUAAUUUGAUCAUUUUUCUUUGGUCUGCCUUGCCUACUCCCUGAGUUUGGAACGUUGCUGUAUGAAAAUAAACAAAUAUACACUGAACAAAAAUGUAAACGCAGCAUGUAAAGUGUUGGUCCCAUGUUUCAUGAGCUGAAAUAAAAUAUUCCAGAAAUGUUCCAUAUGCA